GGCGGAAGAAGAAAACCCGGAAGUGCAGAUAUCGACGUGGACUCGGACUUCGGAUGCUCCCAUCUGGGGUCUCCAACAUUAUUAUGAUUUGCCAGUGGUACAUUUGAUAUUAUGGAAAGUAGCAGAAAGGCUGUUGAUGCAAGACAAUUCUAUCUCAAUUUCUGACUCCACUAGGACCCGACUGGAUUAUCGAUUAUGUUUCCCACGAAAAAUCAACAGAAGAUUUUCCAGCUAACGUUAUAGCUUAGAGCGCCAAGUGCCCCGUUUCCGGAAUUAUAACAUUUUCCUUUAGCUUCCAAGUCGGUAGUCUCCCAGUCAACAACAGCUGUCAGAAAUGCAGCUGACCAUAGAAAGUGCCCUGAACACCUGUGCUGACAAGGUGACCCUAGAUGUACAGGAGCAGGACUCUGUGAUUGACACCAUCUACAGGUUCUGUAAACACAGGAAUGUGGACCCCAGGACUGCUGUGUUGAGGAAUGAGAAAGGGCAAGUUCUGGAUCCAACACACAGUCUUUCACUGUGCGGGAUCAAGGAUGGGGACACGGUGUAUCUUGGGGAGUCAGCCAUGGAGCAGGUGGCAACCUCCAGGACGUGUGACAUCAGGUGCGCCGUCAUCGCAGCUGCAGCUGCUCUCAUAGGAACUAUUGGGCUGAUUGCUGUCUGUGUCUCUCAGGGUUGGACCUCUAGUCUCAGUGAUCAGUAUGGCAUAGUUCUGGAUGCAGGCUCCACACAUACACAGCUGUUUGUAUAUCGCUGGCCUGGCCUUCGGCGUAACAGCACGGCAGCCACUGUGACACAAGUAGCAUCAUGUAGAGCAGAAGGUUCGGGAAUUGCACACUAUUCUGAUGACCCCACAAAGGCAGGACCAUCAUUGGACAAGUGUCUCAGCACUGUUGCCAUGACAACAGUACCCGCCCAUGCCCGGGCAGACACGCCCAUUUACCUAGGAGCUACAGCAGGGAUGAGACUGUUGAGAGAACGUGAUUUGGAGAGCAGCAGACAGAUCAUGACCUCAGUGCAAACAACACUAAGGCACUUCCCAUUCCAGUUUGAACCGGAGCAGGCCAGGAUCAUCAGUGGCAUGGAGGAGGGGUCAUUCUCCUGGGUCACCGUCAACUACCUGGUCGGUAACUUUGAAAACAAUAUACAGUCUCUCUCUCCAACAACGUACGGUGCACUGGACAUGGGUGGGGCCUCCACACAGAUCACGUUUGUCCCACCGUCUGGUGUAACCAUUCCUCUGGAAGAUGCGACUCUGUUGAGGAUAUAUGGCGUGGACUACCACGUGUACGCACACAGCUUUCUGUGCUAUGGAAGAGUGGAGGUUGAACGAAGGUUUUUUGCAAACCUUGUUGUGGCAGGCAAUUACAGCAGUGAAGUGGAAAACCCUUGUGCGCCCUCGGGAUACAACCACACCCUCUCUGCCUCCUACCUGUUUGAGGCCCCCUGUAGUCAGGGCAAACAGGCUCUUCUCACCUGGGGGUCAGAGGUCAUUCUUCCAGACUAUGGGGAUGUAGCGGAGAGAAACUUUACGAUGGUCGGAAGCAGUAGCUAUGCAGACUGUGUUGCACACGUGGACAAGCUAUUCAACUUUUCUGAACCAUGCGAUUACGGGUCAUGCUCCUUCAAUGGUGUGUACCAGCCAAGCCUGCAUGGAAAAUUUCAGGCUUUCAGCUUCUUUUACUAUGUUGUGGAUUUCCUGAACCUAACAAGACCUGGCAACUUUUCCAUCUCAGAGUUCAACUCAACAGUUAACACAUAUUGCAGUAAGACAUGGAAGGAGGUGCAAAACUUCCCAGGCCCAUUGUUAGAGCAGCUGGCCCUGUACUGUCUGGAUGCCCAGUACAUCUACACCCUGUUAGUGAAGGGGUAUGGCUUUGAGAAGGACACCUGGAACAUUACUUUUACUAAUCAGGUCAAAGACACCAGUGUUGGCUGGGCGCUGGGAUUCAUGCUCAACACAACCAACCUCAUCCCAUCAGAGGCACCAGUCAUCCAGUCCAAGCUAUCCCAGACCGCAUACGCUCUCCUGGUCGUUCUAUUUGUAGUUUUCCUUCUGUUGGGAGUUGGGUUCACUUACAUGGCAUACAGGGGAACCAAGAGUUCCAAAGCCAGGUAUAGACAGUUGUCAAACUAUGGCAGUGUAGAAUAGACAGGAGGAUAUAACUCAUAGAUCAGACUAGAAAUAUUUAGACGGUUUCUGUCUUGUUUUUAGGAUUUUAGCACCCAAUCUCCAAGUUUUAGAUGGAUUGCCAUCUCUGGAGACAUGGAUUAAAUGCUACAAAAUGAUACUAACCAUGUAAUAACUCUACCAGCACAAACUAACUCCUGAUACAAUGUCUGUAUAUUAGAUGUCCAGGUAACAAUACAAAAGUUACUCAUGCAACUGAUAGAUUUUGUAAAUGAUCAGACAUUUCUAAUACCUUUCAUGAGUGAGGUUUAGCCUCCUUUGCAGACUUUAGACUGGCAGUGUUUAUUUUUUGGGCAAGUGCUGAUUUGCAAUUUUCAACAUGGACUAAGAUUCUCUAUCCUAAGGAAGGGAGUUGGUCGGGAGAAGGAGUUAGUUCAGUGGCGAUAUAACUCCUCCCGACCAACUCCCUUCCCCAGGAUAGAGAAUCUUAGCCUAUGUUGAAAAUCGAGAAUCGCAACAAAAGUACAGGGACUUAUUAAUGUCUUCUACAAACAGGCAAACAAAUGGCUACAAAUAGAAUAACAUACUAACAAGUGUAUGAAAUCAGCAUGUUAAGCUUAAUGUACCCUAGCCCCUCUAUUGAGAAUACACUACUGGUCCUUACAUUGUAUAGGUUUUUUAAAACCUAUAUAUAUUUAAAAAGACUGUUGCCAAUGACGAGUGUCAAACUAUUUAAGAUGAUUAUAUAUGGAAAUCAUAUAACAACCUGUAUAAAAUGAGAAAUUACUUUAUCUCCCUCAAUAACAGCAGGUUUGUAAAUAAAUAGUACUAUGCUUUUUUCUGGUGUGUUGUAGCCUAGACUUUAAAAUGUUUGUUUAUCCACAGUCAGGCUUAGUUAUGCUGAUUAGAUUAGAUUAGACAUCCGUGCAGGCAUCUAUUUUUGGCCAUUUCCCCAAGAAAGUUUUCAAGCAUACUGUAAAACAUACGAGCGGCUGAAAAUUAGAAAAUAUGUGCUGUAGAUUGCAACAAAAGUAUUGGAAAACAUAUGCUAAUGUCAUAGAAUGCCAAGGUCAAUUUCAGGUUAACAAAGAUGAAAAAGAACAAAAAUGAAGAAUCUGUUCUUCAGUAUACCAUACUCUGUGUGUUUAACUCAUUUGUUCAACCUUCCUGACAACUUAGAUAUAAUAAUGAAGGCAACAGUUUUUGACCAAAGUUCUUUUCUUGUUUGCACCCUCACCUUUGGAAUUCCCAGAGGAUGUCAUCCAUUUAAUCAAAUCAACUUGGUCUCAGGUCUGUGGCAGCAGGUCCUGUGAUAUGUGCUGUACUUAAAGUUGAAGUGAUUUAGUUUCACAGGCUACCCAAAAGCUUGUGUUUCUGUUUUGUUUUCCUGUGUUCACAAAGCUGGUAACAGUAACAUGUUAACAUUAAUCUUGUCAUUCCUUUGUCAUGAAUUCGUGAUGGAUUUUAUAUUUCAAUAUAUUAAUCGUGAUACUAGAUUAGCUGGCGCCCAUGUAUUACUAGGUACUGUGUAUAGCUGUGAACGUCAUCCUCUCUCCCUCUGGAAAGCAACACCCCUGAUAUAACAUUAUGUUACACCCUGAGCUCUCUGGUGUCCACGGAUUACAGUAAAGCCUUCGACCGUGUGAGUCACACCUUAGCUAUUCGCCGACUGAUUGAGUUGGGAUUACGGCCAUCUCUAGUCAAAUGGAUCUCGGACUUCCUCACGAACAGACAACAGAUGGUCCGUUACCACGGAGCCCUUUCUGAAUCUGUUUCUGUAACCUGUGGCCUACCGCAAGGAACGAUUCUUGGCCCCAUCAUAUUCAUUGUUUAUAUAAACAGUGCAGCACGCCAAGCCCUAUCCAAGAGAUGGAAGUUUGUAGAUGACUUGAACUUGUUGGAAACUAGAAACUCGUCAUCACAACCUCCGAGUAUCCAACAGGACCUUACUGACUUGACCACAUGGUCCCAGGAGAGCCAGAUGGUUCUCCAUCCGGGUAAAUGUAUGGUUCUCCAUGUCCAAUUCAGCAUGACUCCACGCCCUCCUCCCCCGCUCAAGAUCAACAACAUUUCUCUAGUGGAAGUAAGAGUCAUGAGAAUACUCGGUCUCUACCUACAGUCUGACCUCAGAUGGAACGCGCACGUCGACCACACAUACAGUAAGGCAAGCCAACGUCUGUUCUUUCUGCGCAGACUGAAGCAUUUCAACAUUUCGAAGGAAGACCUCGUGACUGUCUACACUUCCUACAUUCGCCCAGUUACUGAGUACUCAGCCCCUGUCUGGCACCCAGGGUUAACCACACAGCUGAGCAACAAGAUCGAACGUAUCCAGCGCAGAGCGGUACGUAUCAUCAUGGGACGCGACUACACCAGCUACCGAGAUGCGUGUACACAGCUUGGCCUUCCAUCACUCCACUCCAGGCGUUCGAAUCUGACACUUCGGUUUGCUCAAUCACUCUUAGUCUCUGAUCAAUAUCGCCACUUCCUACCAUCCACAAGACAGAACAUUAGUUGCCGACAAACCCGCUCUGCCAACAAACUGGACAUUCCCAAGUGCAGAACUGAACGCUAUAGGUCUAGUGCCAUUCCGCACAUGGUCCGUCUACUCAACUGUAAUGCCCCCAUGCCUUAAUCCUGCCAAUAUUGUAUGCCUCUAAUUUUCGUUUUAGAUAUUCGCUGGUCGAUAUCAUGUAUUAUAUUCGUACCUAACUGAUUUUACACGUACUUUUAUCUUAAUGAUUUGCCUUGUUGGACAUUAAUCAAAUGCGUUUGUUUUAAUGUGAUAUUGCAACUGCAAUUCAGCCGUCAGGCUGCGAAUGUAGCGAUAUGUUUUUGCUCAAUAAACCAUUACACACACACAUUAUGCUAUCAGGAAAAUAUGAGGAAUAAAAUGUUCUGCACUGCU